CCUUUCCCCUCUCGCAUCUUUGCCCACUACACCAUGAUCAUUGAGAAGGCAGAGUUCCCCCCUGAGUCAGAGGUUCCGUAUGUGCCUGAAAAGACUUUUGGCACGCAGGGUGUCCCACAGCUUCUGCAGGAGCAGCCACCGCCGUACGAGGGGGGCAGCCGGUCUGGUGUCUCUAGCCCUGCUCCUACUCCUACAUCCCCGCGCAUACACUCCAUCUUCCAGUCUGCAUCGCAGCAGCACGUCAACUUCAUUACGCUCGAGUCCAAACACAACGAAAUCUCAGGAUCGUACAUUGUUAACCCCGAAAUCCCAGGGUCUGCUGCGGCUCGUACGCGUGUGCUUGACAGACGCGAGCGAAAGAAGCUGCGGCACAACAUCGUUCCCAAUGCCUCAUUUAACACUAAACACGGGCGUAUCAACCUGAACCUUGCAACUGCUGGAAACACCGAGCAGCCAGGAAAGGCAUACAUCCAAGUUGUUACCCGCGAUGGGAGGGUCAAUGUCAAUUUGUUCGCAUUGCAAGCGAAUAAGAAUAUUUUCCUAGAGAUUAUCAGCAAGCAUGGCUCAAUCAACCUCCUCAUCCCCCCAAGUUUCAACGGGCUCUUUCGUAUCUCCACCUCCAGGCACGGCAGAAUCCAAUUCCUGCGGGAGUUCGCCGAGCGCGCGCGGGUUAUCUUUGCUGACGACGAACAUGCCGACGUGCUCUUCGGCACAGGCGACCUGUCGCAUGCAGAGCCGACGAGCGAGGGCAUUGACUACUGCUCACUCACGACACACAACGGCUGCCUGACCCUCGGUGUGUCGGGCGUCGACCCCAUUGAUACGAGCUCCCCGUCGAGUCUGAUGAAGAAGCUGGGUGCGAUGGUCCUGGGACCUGACCUCAUGCGCACGGUCGACACCCUCCGCGCAGAGCUGCUGCGGGAGCAUGGGACUCUAGCGACACCACAUCAGACAUCUGUCUAAGACCCUGCCAUCACUGAGUACUUUGAGUGGUCGCACGCACAUGGUCCCUUCGGGUAUGCAAAAUGACUCACGCUUUAUCUAUCCCCUCUCUGUACAUUGCUCAUGUCCGUCUUGUCUCCAUAGUAAGUUGUCGUACUAAUUGCAAUAGUAACCUUGAAUCUCGCUGGAACGCCAUCUGCCGUUGCCUAGACAUCGUAAAUCUGCAAUUCCGGUGGUAUAUUCGGCCACGCUGUU